GAUCCGGAAGUGCGCGCCGAGCGGGAGCGAGUGCGGGAAGAACAACGACAGGAAACGGAAGAACGACGCGCCAAGAAACGGCAAGCGGAACAGGCUUUGGCCAACAAACACCGGAAACUCGACAAGGAAGAAGCUCGCAAGGCACAAGCGCGCUUGGAAUAUCUGUUGCAGCAGAGUUCCAUUUUUGCGAAACUGCAGGGCCAAAGACCAGGAGACCGCGGCCGCCGCGGCAAAGCACACCAUCGACACGGGGCCGAGUCCAACGACGACUCGAAUGAAGAGGAAGAAGCCGACGAAACAGAAGUCGGACACGUCUUUUUGACCAAGCAACCCACUUCGAUCAAGUUUGGUACCCUGAAGCCCUACCAGCUCGAAGCUUUGAACUGGAUGAUUCAUCUUUCCGAAAAAGGGCUGAACGGGAUUCUCGCUGACGAAAUGGGUUUGGGGAAGACCUUGCAAUCCAUUUCCGUCCUUGCGUAUCACUGGGAAUUUCUACGCAUACAGGGACCACAUCUGAUCUGUGUCCCCAAAUCUACGCUUUCCAAUUGGAUGAACGAACUUAAACGUUGGUGCCCGUCGCUUCGGGCCAUCAAGUUCCACGGCUCGCGGGAAGAAAGGGAAUAUAUGAUUGACAACAUGUUUCACAACGAAGCAGCCACGCACGAUGGUCGUCGACCGGAUCGACAAAUUAUGGACGGAUCGGGCGAAUUGAUCGACGACAAUACCGACACACCGCGUCCCUGGGAUGUCUGCGUAACUACCUACGAAGUCGCCAACGCGGAACGCAAAACUUUGCAGAAGUUCACGUGGAAAUACCUCGUAAUCGACGAAGCCCACCGACUCAAGAACGAUGCUUCCAUGUUCAGCAAGACGGUUCGGUCGUUCCGGACGUCGAAUCGCUUGCUCUUGACGGGCACUCCGUUACAGAACAACCUCCACGAGCUUUGGGCUUUGCUCAAUUUCUUGUUGCCCGAUAUCUUUUCGUCGGCGGACCAAUUUGACGAAUGGUUUGAUCUGGAAAUUGACGAUGAAGAAGCCAAAAAGAACAUGAUUUCGCAGUUGCACAAGAUUUUACGUCCGUUCAUGUUGCGUCGUCUGAAAGCUGAUGUGGCCAAAGGGUUGCCACCGAAAACGGAAACCAUUCUCAUGGUUGGAAUGUCCAAAAUCCAGAAACAGCUCUACAAAAAGCUCCUCUUGCGUGAUUUGGAUAGUAUCACGGGCAAAGUCUCGGGCAAGAACAGAACCGCCGUUCUCAACAUUGUCAUGCAGUUGCGGAAGUGCUGCGGUCACCCGUAUUUGUUCGAAGGAGUCGAAGACCGGACUUUGGAUCCACUUGGAGAGCAUUUGGUCGAGAAUUGUGGAAAGUUGAGCAUGGUCGACAAGCUACUCAAGCGAUUGAAGAGCCGUGGGAGCCGUGUUUUGAUCUUUACUCAAAUGACGCGCGUGCUCGAUAUUCUUGAGGAUUUUAUGGUUAUGCGUGGAUACCAAUAUUGUCGCAUUGACGGCAACACCAAUUACGAUGACCGCGAGAGCUCCAUUGACGAAUUUAAUCGGGAAGGCACCGAUAAGUUUUGUUUCUUGUUGUCGACCCGUGCGGGAGGUCUCGGAAUUAACCUGCAGACAGCCGACACGUGCAUCUUGUAUGAUUCGGACUGGAACCCACAACAAGACUUGCAAGCCCAGGAUCGCUGUCAUCGCCUUGGACAAAAGAAACCAGUCAAUGUGUUUCGUUUGGUCUCUGAGAAUACUGUUGAAGAAAAGAUUGUGGAACGCGCUCAGCAAAAGCUCAAGCUGGACGCAAUGGUUGUGCAGCAAGGGCGACUGAAAGAUCAAGACAAGGUGACCAAGGACGAAAUCAUGGCCGCCGUUCGAUUUGGUGCGGAUACGGUCUUUCGAUCCGAAGAGUCUACAAUCACCGAUGACGAUAUUGACGUGAUUUUGGAGCGUGGAGCGGCCAAGACCAAGGAGCUUGCCGAAAAGAUCCAGACACGGGACAAAGGCGAUCUUCUGGACUUUCGCCUGGACGGGGGAAUAUCAGCGCAGACGUUCGAGGGCGUGGAUUACAGUGACAAAGAUCUACGCGAUCAUCUCCGCAUGCUAGCUGCAGAUUCAAUGGGAAAGCGAGAACGCCGACCGCCUCCCACGAGCUAUAAUCCUAUCAUCAUAUCGAAGAAGUCAAUGGUGGUAAAUAAUCGCCGGAUCAAACUACCUAAAUGUCUACGUAUUCCACAAAUGGAAGACCAUCAUUUUUACAAUCGCGAACGCCUCUUGGACUUGGGAAGGCUUGAGUUCGAGACUUACGCUGCGCUUAGAGAGGCUGGUGAGCUUCCACCGAAAGAGUUUAUGGAACGGAAGAGGACGUUGUUACCCGACGAGCUGGGACAAGAAAAGCUAGAGCUCUUGGCUGAAGGAUUUGGGGACUGGAGUAGAAGUCAAUAUUACGCCUUUGUCAAGGCAGCUGCGAAGUAUGGGCGUGAUGACAUCAGUGGCAUCGCCAACGAGUUGGACAUGCCAGAAGUCGAAAUCGCUGCUUACAGUAAAUCAUUUUGGGCCUAUGGACCGACUGAACUCGAAAGCGAGUGGGAACGCCUCGUUGGUAAUAUCGACCGAGGGGAAAAGAAGCUGGCGAAGCAAAAGAAACUCAAGUCUCUCCUCGCAAAGUUCGUUAACACUUUUGAAAACCCUAGAGAUGAUAUGGUCUUUGCUAAUAAAGGAACCACUCCCUUUGCUCUAGAGCAGGAUCGAGCACUGCUAUCUGCCGUCGACAAACACGGAUACGGUAAUUGGGAUUCCGUCCGCGAGGAGAUUCGCACUGAUGGACGUCUCAAAUUUCAGCAUUCAACCCAAGGUAUGACAGUACAGGCAAUUGGGAAGCGCUGCGAUUACCGAAUGAGGCAAAUGGAAAAGGAA